ACUUCGCCUCUCCACUUCUCCAGCAGUCCACCAGUCUCCACGGCCACGGCGGCGCGGCCACCACCACCAAGUGACGGCUCCACUCCUACUUCCGCCGGGCUCCCAAAUUCUCGCGCAACAUCGCCGCACACUCACCGCCGUACACUCCUCCGGGCUCCUACCAUCGGAGGGCAGCACGUCAGUCUCGAAGGGGACUCAGAUUCCUGGCCUGCUGAUCGCGCAGGCAGGGAGCGGGAGGAGGAUGGGCAAGUUCAGGUUCUGCAUUGACCGGGGCGGCACCUUCACCGACAUCUACGCCGAGGUCCCCGGGAGGCCGGAAGGCUACGUCAUGAAGCUCCUCUCCGUCGACCCGUCCAACUACGACGACGCCCCCAUCGAAGGGAUCAGGAGGAUCCUGGAGGAGUUCUCCGGCGAGUCGAUCCCCCGCUCCGCCAAGAUUCCCACCGGCAUGAUCGAUUGGAUCCGGAUGGGCACCACGGUCGCCACGAACGCCCUGCUCGAGAGGAAGGGCGAGAGGAUCGCGCUCUGUGUCACCCGGGGCUUCAAGGACUUGCUCCAGAUCGGCAACCAGGCCCGGCCAAACAUAUUCGACCUCAAGGUCUUAAAGUCCUCGAAUUUGUAUGAGGAGGUGGUCGAGGUCGAUGAGCGGGUUGAACUUGUUCUUGACGGUGAGAGGGAUGAUUCGUCUAUUGAAGGGAUCUCAGGGGAGCUGGUCAGGGUGGGGAAGCCGGUUGAUGUGGAAUCGUUGAAGCCUUCACUGAAAGGGUUGCUUGACAAGGGGAUUCGGUGUUUGGCAGUGGUGCUGAUGCAUUCGUAUACCUAUCCCCAUCACGAGCUCCUGAUUGAGAAACUAGCUCUGGAAAUGGGGUUCAAGCAUGUCUCUCUGUCUUCGUCGUUGACGCCGAUGGUGCGUGCAGUGCCUCGGGGCCUUACAGCCAGUGUGGAUGCUUAUCUAACACCAGUCAUCAAAGAGUACUUAUCAGCAUUCAUGUCAAGGUUCGAUGGGGGAUCUGAACCAGUGAAUGUGCUGUUUAUGCAGUCAGAUGGUGGUCUUGCCCCGGAGAGCAGGUUCUCUGGGCACAAAGCAGUAUUAUCAGGUCCUGCAGGUGGUGUUGUUGGUUACUCGCAGACCUUGUUUGAACUUGAGACGUCCAAGCCACUCAUUGGGUUUGACAUGGGAGGUACAUCCACCGACGUCAGCCGCUAUGAUGGAAGCUAUGAACAAGUACUCGAAACCCAGAUUGCUGGGGCAAUCAUUCAAGCUCCCCAGCUCGACAUAAACACAGUGGCUGCUGGUGGCGGGUCGAAGCUUAAGUUUCAGUUUGGGGCUUUCAAGGUUGGGCCAGAAUCGGUUGGAGCACACCCUGGUCCAGUUUGCUAUAGGAAAGGUGGUGAACUGGCAAUUACUGACGCUAACUUGAUCUUGGGAACUGUCAUUCCUGAGUACUUUCCGUCCAUAUUUGGUCCUAAUGAAAAUUUGCCCCUUGAUUAUGAGGCUACACGGAAGGCAUUUGAGGAUCUUGCUGUUGAGAUCAACUCUUACCGAAAGAGUCAGGAUCCAUUAGCAAAGGGCAUGACAGUUGAGGAGAUUGCUCUUGGGUUUGUCGAUGUUGCAAACGAGGCAAUGUGCCGACCUAUACGCCAAUUGACAGAAAUGAAGGGGCACGAUACCAAGAACCAUGCACUAGCGUGCUUUGGUGGUGCAGGUCCUCAGCAUGCAUGCGCUAUAGCAAGGUCCUUAGGCAUGUCUGAGUUACUUAUUCAUCGUUAUUGUGGCAUACUGAGUGCAUACGGGAUGGGCCUUGCUGAUGUUAUUGAAGAUUUGCAAGAACCAUACUCUGCUGUUUAUAAUGCAGAUUCUGCUAACGAGGCAUCUCGAAGAGCAGCUCUUUUGGUAAAGCAGGUGAAAGAUAAGCUAACAGAGCAGGGAUUUGGAGAGGAGAGCAUCAGGACAGAUUCAUACUUGAACUUGAGAUACGAGGGAACUGAUACAGCAAUCAUGGUUAAACAGCCUGAGAAAGAAUCUGGAUGUGAUUAUGCUGAUGAGUUCGUGAAACUGUUUCAACAAGAGUAUGGCUUCAAACUGCUACACAGAAAGAUACUCAUAUGUGAUGUGAGAGUCCAAGGUGUUGGCGCCACGAACAUUUUACAACCUCGUGAACUGACACCAAUAUCAACCAAGCCUGUGCAAGAAAGUUCAUGCAAAAUUUAUUUUUCAUAUGGAUGGCAAGAAACUCCACUGUACAAGCUCGAGAAUUUGGGUUAUGGCCAUGUCUUGGAAGGCCCUGUGGUUAUUAUGAAUGGGAAUAGCACUGUGAUAGUAGAAAAAGACUGCAAGGCUAUCAUCACUAAGUAUGGUAAUGUAAAAAUUGAGAUCAGUGCAUCUCUGAGCACUGUAGAAAUAUCAGAAAAAGUUGCUGAUGUAGUUCAACUUUCUAUCUUUAAUCACCGGUUCAUGGGUAUUGCUGAACAGAUGGGUCGGACACUUCAAAGAACUUCCAUUUCUACAAACAUAAAGGAACGGCUGGACUUCUCAUGUGCUUUAUUUGGUUCGGAUGGUGGCCUUGUUGCAAAUGCCCCGCACGUUCCUGUGCAUUUGGGAGCCAUGUCUAGCACUGUAUGCUGGCAGCUUAGUUAUUGGGGUGAUAACCUGCAUGAGGGUGAUGUUCUUGUAACGAACCAUCCAUGCUCUGGCGGUAGCCAUCUGCCAGAUAUCACAGUUGUCACACCAGUGUUUAAUGAUGGUAAACUGAUCUUUUUUGUUGCUAGUAGAGGUCACCAUGCAGAGAUUGGUGGCAUCACUCCAGGAAGCAUGCCUCCUUUCUCAAAAUCCAUCUGGGAGGAAGGUGCUGCCAUCAAAGCGUUUAAACUUGUGGAAAGGGGUGUUUUUCAAGAGGAAGGAAUAGUUCAAUUGCUGCAGUCACCCCGGUCUGAUGAAUUUACCAAUCAUAAGAUUCCAGGAACACGCAAGAUUGAAGAUAAUCUCUCUGACCUCCGUGCUCAGGUGGCAGCAAACCAACGGGGAAUAACACUUAUCAAAGAACUGAUAAAUCAGUAUGGCCUGAUGACUGUGCAAUCUUAUAUGAAUCACGUCCAGAAAAAUGCUGUGGUAGCUGUGAGAGAGAUGCUCAAGGUAGUCGCAUCUAGAGUCGAAAAGGAAACGGGAUCUUGUGUUAUCGAAGACGAAGAUUAUAUGGAUGAUGGCUCUGUGCUCCAUUUGAAGCUCACCCUUGAUUCUGUCCGAGGUGAGGCUACCUUUGACUUUGAGGGCACCAGUCCUGAGGUGUACGGUAACUGGAAUGCUCCUGAAGCGGUAACAGCAGCUGCUAUCAUAUACUGCUUGCGAUGCUUGGUGGAUGUAGAUAUACCCUUGAAUCAAGGCUGCCUAGCUCCUGUGAAGAUCAUCAUUCCUAAAGGCUCAUUUCUUUCACCAAGUGACAAGGCUGCAGUGGUUGGCGGCAACGUGUUAACCUCUCAAAGAGUUACAGAUGUUGUCCUGAUGGCGUUCCAAGCCUGCGCCUGUUCUCAGGGGUGCAUGAACAAUUUGACAUUUGGAGAUGACACAUUUGGCUACUACGAGACAAUCGGAGGUGGUUGUGGAGCCGGCCCUAGCUGGGGCGGUACAAGUGGUGUUCAGUGCCACAUGACAAACACAAGGAUGACUGACCCGGAGAUCUUUGAGCAGCGGUACCCUGUUCUUUUGCACAGGUUUAGCAUCAGAGAGAACAGUGGAGGUUCUGGUGUCCACAGGGGCGGUGAUGGCCUUGUAAGGGAGAUCGAAUUCCGCAGGCCUGUUGUUGUGAGCAUUCUUUCUGAGCGACGGGUGCAUGCUCCCAGGGGACUGAAGGGAGGGGAAAAUGGAGCUCGUGGCGCAAACUAUUUGGUCAGGACAGAUGGCCGCAGAGUUUACCUUGGAGGGAAGAACACUGUAACGGUUAAUGCUGGUGAGGUUCUUCAGAUUUUCACUCCUGGUGGUGGCGGUUUUGGCUCUCCUUGAUGCUGUUCUUGUGGACGCUCGUCUCCUUUUUUCUUCUUCUGUAUUUCUAUUUAAAUAGAAUAAAACUUGCACAAACAUUAUCUGGUACAGAUCCCAGCUGCCACUGAUGCUUCUGAGGCAUUAGGGCUGAAUAAAUCUUGAUCAUUGCUUGUCA